GGCGCAGCCACUCCACCCGAGAGACCAGAAGCCGACAAGGGAGAAACCUGAACCCAGGCCACCAGCCGCCCCACGGAGGGCCAGAAGAGGGCGGGAGGAACAUUUUUGUUGAUGAGAGGAUCCUGUUGAUAGAGACGGAGGCAGCAGGGGUUUCAAACAAAAGUCCAUUUUGUCUAGUGCUUAGAGAUUUUUUUGUAAUUUAUGCACCAAUGGGAUGAGAGUAACACAAUUUAAAUUCUCUAAGAUCUCUGCAGACCAGGGUGAACUUGUCAACAAACCAGAAGCUCUGGCUGUAAUGAUCAGGCAAAGUUCCAUUGAUUUCACACACUAGUCGUGAGUAGAAACCUCGUUUGGAAGAUUUGCUUUCUCAAGUGGAGUCAGGAAACAAAAGGAUCAUGUUUGAAGCUCUUCUACAGUCCUCAUGUUCAGUCUCACUUCUUGGGGUCUUUGUUAGUCUGCUGGUGUUCUACCUUGUUUACUCCAGCUUCAGUUCCCCUGAAAGAAAUGCCCCCCCAGGACCCAGACCUCUCCCUCUGCUGGGGAACCUGCUCCAGCUGGACCUGAAGAGGCUCGACCAAAGUCUUUUUCAUCUGUUCAAAAAAUAUGGACCAGUUUUCCAGAUCUACUUUGGACUGAAGAAGGUGGUGGUCCUGGCAGGUUACAGGACAGUCAAACAGGCUCUGGUCAACCAUGCUGAGGUGUUUGGAAACAGAGAAAUCACUCCACUUUUCUACGAUGUCAACCAAGGACACGGCAUAAUAUUUGCCAAUGGAGACUCGUGGAAAGAAAUGAGGCGUUUUGCUGUGACAACACUUGGGAUGGGCAAGAGGAUGAGUGAAGAGAAAAUUAUUGAGGAAUGUCGCUGCCUGAUCGAGGAAUUUGAAAAGUUUGAUGGUAAACCCUUCGACAACACCAACGUGAUUAAUUAUGCUGCAUCAAAUAUUAUAUCAGCUCGGAUUUUUGGGAAGAGAUUUGAAUACCAAGAUCCUGUAUUCCAAGCUAUGGUGGAAAGAACUAAUGAGAAUAUUCACCUGACUGGAUCAGCUUCCAUCCAGAUAUACAACUUAUUUCCUUUCCUGGGCCCCUUCCUUAAAGUCAGGAGCAAUUUGAUGAAAAAUGUGGAAGAUAGCCUGAGGGAUGUACGGAAGAUUAUCGCAGAUCUGAAGGAGACACUGGAGCCUGAGAUAUGCAGAGGCUUUGUAGAUGCAUUUCUCAUCCGUAAGCAAAGUCUGGAGUCCUCAUGUUCAGUCUCACUUCUUGGGGUCUUUGUUAGUCUGCUGGUCUUCUACCUUGUUUACUCCAGCUUCAGUUCCCCUGAAAGAAAUGCCCCCCCAGGACCCAGACCUCUCCCUCUGCUGGGGAACCUGCUCCAGCUGGACCUGAAGAGGCUCGACCAAAGUCUUUUUCAUGUGAGGAUUGCAUAGUUAACUUUUAACUUUUAUCUAUUAAACUUAAUACUUUGUUUUAUGCAAACUUCAUACAGCUGUCAGCUUACUUUUUUCUGCAUUAUUUUUUUUUAGCUGUCCAAAAAAUAUGGACCAGUUUUCCAGAUCUACUUUGGACUGAAGAAGGUGGUGGUCCUGGCAGGUUACAGGACAGUCAAACAGGCUCUGGUGAACCAUGCUGAGGAGUUUGGAAACAGAGAAAUCACUCCAGUUUUCUAUGAUUUCAACCAAGAACAUGGCAUACUAUUUGCCAACGGAGACUCGUGGAGAGAAAUUAGGCGUUUUGCUGUGACAACACUUAGAGACUUUGGAAUGGGCAAGAGGAUGAGUGAAGAGAAAAUUAUUGAGGAAUGUUGCUGCCUGAUCGAGGAAUUUGAGAAAUUUGAAGGUAAACCCUUCGACAACACCAAGGCGAUUAAUUAUGCUGCAUCAAAUAUUAUAUCAGCUCUGAUGUUUGGGAAGAGAUUUGAAUACCAAGAUCCUGUAUUCCAAGCUAUGGUGGAAAGAGAUAAUGAGACUAUUCACCUGACUGGAUCAGCUUCCAUCCAGAUAUACAACUUAUUUCCUUGCCUGGGCCCCUUCCUUAAAGUCAGGAGCAAUUUGAUGAAAAAUGUGGAAGAUGGCAAGAGGGAUCUACGGAAGAUUAUCGCAGAUCUGAAGGAGACACUGGAGCCUGAGAUAUGCAGAGGCUUUGUAGAUGCAUUUCUCAUCCGUAAGCAAAGUCUGGAGGAGGGUGAAAUCACCAGUUCAUACUACCAUGAUGACAAUCUGCUCUACAGUGUACUGAAUUUGUUUGCAGCUGGAACCGACACCACCGCGACCACACUGAAGUGGUGUUUGCUCUUCAUGGCCAGACACCCAGAGGUUCAAGACCGGGUUGUGGAGGAGUUGAACAGGGUGGUUGGAAGUCGUCAGGUUAGAAUAGAGGACAGAAAGAACCUGCCAUACACUGAUGCCGUUAUCCAUGAGUCACAAAGACUCGCCAACAUUGCCCCAAUGGCCAUUCCUCACAAAACAAGCAAAGAUGUGACCUUUCAGGGCUACUUCAUCAAAGAGGGAACUACUAUCAUCCCACUUCUUACAUCAGUCCUGUAUGAUGAGAGUGAAUGGGAGAACCCUCAUACUUUCAACCCUUCUCAUUUCCUUGAUGAGGAGGGUAAAUUUAUCAGGAGAGACGCCUUGAUGCCCUUUUCUGCAGGUCGCAGGGUUUGCCUCGGAGAAGGUCUGGCCAGAAUGGAGCUCUUUCUUUUCUUCACUUCUCUCCUUCAGCACUUCCGUUUCACCCCCCCACCUGGAGUUUCAGAAGAUGAACUGGAUCUGUCACCUGUUGUGGGCUUCACCCUCUCUCCUCUGCCUCAGAAUCUGUGCGCUGUCAGAUGUCACUGA